UUGGAGCGAGGGGGUGGGAGUUGGCGGACAGGAGCAUCGCGGCCCGCUGAAAAAUUAUAAUAAUCACUUUAGAAAUUAAUGGUGCCUCCGUGGAGGAACGGAAUCCGUUCCGGGAGCGGCAAGGUGGUGCGCGAUGGUGGGGGCGACAGAGGAGCGUGCAAAUGGCGACUCCUUCACCGGCGAGCCAAUCGUGGCGUUCGACGGGGGGUCGAGUAACGCCGGCCACGCCUACCGCUACGUCACUGUGUCCUGCGCGCAAAGGCGUACUCUCUCCCCCGCAAUCGGCGAACCAGUCACCACUCGGACGACGUAUUCGGCGCUGCCAAGCCCGCGAGUCUUCUUUUUCCCUUUCGCCCGUUGUCUCUGCUCCGUUCUUCCACGUAGCGAGGCGAUCGCGUGCGCGCAACGGACCGCGACCAGCGAGUUUCUCAGUAUCCGCUAUCAUUUUCUGCCUGCCGUGUUCGCGACCCUUCAGCCUUGGCGACCACCUCUUAGAAGAUACCCCCGAAGGAAGGAUCCUUUUAGGCUGAACAAGGUCCCGUCGGAUUCGGGAUCAUUUUUGGCGGGAACCCCGGGGUAAGAAGUGAUAUAAGGGUGACAGUGUAGACAGUGGAUCGGCGACACAUCCCACAGGACACACGGGAACGCUUCUAACAGUGAUCUAGAUCUAUCGAAGACACGUCUUUCCACUGGAGAACCAUGGUGCGAUUUAUUGUAUCCUAGUUUGACAGUGAUUGACUAUAAGUCCUCGAACACAAGCUGGAACAGUUGUCAGUCUAGUAAAAGUUGUGAGAAAUCGAAGGAAAGAAGAGAAUCCAUCUUCGGCUGUUCGAUUCUUGAGUUGAAGGUUUAGCCGACGUUUGGCUGUCUGUUGUAAAGGGGUGACUUUUUAAACGGGUGGUUUCGUAAUUGGUGAUUUUCUCGGAGUAUCGUUGAGGAUAAUAGAAGAAGGUACGGGCAAAGAUCGAGUGAGCCGGGUGAGCAUCGAUCUGUUCGGCUCACGUGGCGUGCCUAAAUCGGUGUCACGUUCGCCGGGGGAAUAGAUCGCGAGUGGUGGCAUAUCGGGUCGUUAGGCGGAGCCGAGCGGAAAGGUGGUCACGACGCAACAAACGGUGACGAGUUGUCGAGGAGGUGGCGAGGACAACGGUGGCGGUGGCGGUGGAGGAGGCGGUGGAGGUGGCGGAGGCAGCCAGAAGACGCACCCGUAUGCGGCCGCAACCGAUACGGUAGAGGAGGUGGAGGCGCAGGAGGUGGAGGUAGAGGUCGACGAGGUUAAGAUGGAAGCCGAGGACCAUCUCGCUAGGGAAUACGUACAGGAGUUCGUUCUCGAUCAUCUCGAUCCCGCCGACGUUAAACGCGAGGUACUAAUCAGCUCUCCAAUGGUGAACGGUAGCGUAGUGCAGCUUCAUCAGGCCCAGGCGCAAGGUUUAGCUCUGGCGCCGUUGACGCCGCCGGCGCACGAACUGGAGCAGCCUCAUCCGCUUUACGGACAACCGCACAUUCAGGUGCAGCACGGUGUCCUGGUGAAGGCGCCGCCCGGUGCGUCCUCUCACCUGACGACCCUAUCGCAUCCUGGUACACCACCGGACACGCCUCCGGUCUCUGCUUCGCCGCCGCCAUUGCAGUUGCACCGCGGCGAGCAGGACUCACGUGAGAGAGGCCUCUUCCUGCACCUGCAGCAGCCGGGCUCGCUGGUGCAGGACGAGAUGCAACCGGGAUCCGGAAGCAUGGGCUGGUUGACGCAAUCCCUCAGACAGGAACCGCUCGACCUUAGGCCUCAUUGUCCGCAGGACCAAACACCGGAACCCCAUCACGAGGCUUGGGCCUCGACACCUGCGCAUCAUCAUUUCCCGGACCUGCAAUACCUGCAGCGACACCCUAGACACACCGGUGGAUACAUCGCGGUGUCGAGUCACAUAGAGUGCUACGGGGGCGCGGGUGCAGGCGGCGGGAUGGUUCCCGCGGGCAAAUGUGGAAUGUCCGUUAUGGACGACAGCAUGCAGGGGAUACAGAUGCAACAACAGGGGAGACCGAUGAGCGUUUGUUCAGUGAGUUCUUGCGGUGCCGGUGGACCUAGUCCGCCGCACAGGCCGGGCAACGCCCUCUACGCGAAUUGCGGUAGCAACAGCAACCCCCAGGAAGAACUCAUGAACGACGAGCUGCUCAUGUCCCUAUCCGUUCGCGAACUGAACAAACGCCUCCAUGGUUGCCCGCGGGAAGAGGUGAGUCAGGUUGUGCGCUUGAAGCAGAAGCGUCGGACCCUGAAGAACCGCGGCUACGCACAGAACUGUCGGAGUAAGCGGCUGCAGCAACGCCACGACCUCGAGUCCACGAACCGCAACUUACAAAACGAUCUGCAGCGGAUGAAGAUUGAGCUGACGCGGGUCCAGCAGGAGCGCGAUCUCUACAAGCAGCGAUACGAGAUCCUGAGAUCCCGGCAGAGCCAUCACCACAGUCAUAACCAUCAUCAGCAACAGCCGUCGCAGCAGCAACAACCCCAACAGCACCAGGCGCAAAAUCAGCAGCAGCAGCAGCAACAGCAACAACAGCAGCAACAACAGCAGCAGCAACAACAACAAUCGCAACAACAGCAACAACCACACCAACCAGCACCCGCUAGUCCCGAGGUCUAUCUGUGACAUCGACAGCGCCGAGGAGGCGCUUGCUGGUCCUGAAGAGACAUCCGUCGCGGGUUCACCGAUUUCUCGACCUGUCGUACGUUCGGCCGUGGGUCGAAAAUACCUGGGCAAUACCAGAUCCCUUCGAGAAGCAGUUUUUCAAUCGAGACCCAAGUCCAAAGCACACCUCCGAGCUCGUCUGCGUGUACAUAGCGCCUCGGUUCGACCGUACCGUUUCCUUCGCGUAGCUUCGUUGAGCCACGUCGAGGGCCUUGACUGUUAAACCGACAUUGUAAAUCGUGUAUGGAGCCCGCAGCGCAACUAAGGUAUCAUUAGAUUAAAGGUAAUUAGUUCUAUUCGCGUAGGUAUAUGAAUAUAUUGCUCGUGGUAGACUGGAGACGUCUUUUGCCAGAUACACUGUAUCAACAAAUCGUGGAGGAAUGAGAUGAAAAUCUAUGAAAAAAAGGUGAGAAAGAUAGAAAGAGAGUGUGUGCGUGUAUGUGUAUGUGCGCGAGUGAGUGAGUGUAUGGAAUACCGUAGCCGUAGCGUGAAAAACGAAAGGAAAAAAGAAAGACAAGUAGAGAGAAAGAGAGAGAGAAAGAGAGACGAACAAGGGAACAGGGGCGAGAAGCUCGCGUCGAACGGACGCGGCGCGGCGUUUCGAGGAGUUCCUCCCAUUUAUUGUUUAAUUUCUAGCCAAAGUGUAAUUUUUCAUUCGCCGCGGCGAAUCGAUCGGCUCGCACUUCGGAUGGCCUUCGUUGUUGCCUGGUUGUUUUCGUUACUUUUUAACGUGUACAGGGCGAUCCACGGAAAUGGUCGAAGAGUCAUAUUUUACAUUUUAACAACCCGUCGCGUUUCUAGGCACGGGUUAAAUGUUGACGUAAAUAGGUUUAUCGAUGGAGCUUGAAAGAGAGAUAGUGAGACACGUAGUAAUACAAAUGUAUUUUUAGUUAUACUUUUAGUUUAGUUUCUGAUAGACGCGAAUUUCAAUAAGAAUUCAUUAAAUUAUUGUUCUGACGGAUAGGCAAGUCUGUCAAGUCUAAAGAAAAUGGGAUUUCAUUGAACGACGUUCGUCGUCACUUUCGUGUAGAUAUGCUAUGUAGUAUCAAUUAAGUUAACGAACGGAACGUGUUUCGUUUAUUAUUAUACGUUCGAUCACCCUUCUUUUGGAUCGCUCUGUAUUUAAUAUUACUUUCUACCCAUUUUAAAGGUGCUUACCGCCUAAGAACUAGUUUUUGUACAUAAGAAUCUCAGAGUUCUAUUUUAUAAAUCGCUAUCCGUCUCGAACACCCUUUUGUAUCGGUUUAGUUUAGCGUUCAUUUUUACAUAGUUAAGCGCAACUUCGGACUCGUUCCGCGUUCAUAGAAACGAUCAACCGAUUUUCUACGGAAUAUUUUCGAGCGAAUAGUUGUGUUAAUCCUUCGUUAGCUAAUUGUUUUAUGAGUUAUAUCUUGUGAUCGACAACGUGAACCGCGAUUAUCAAUCGCGUGGUGAUGUCAUUUCUUAACAGUAAGAUUAAGCACACUCUGGCAACUUCGAGUCGCGUGAACAUUCAGUCGUCUCUAUAAAAUCCGCCAUUUCGUAUCAUUUCGAUUGUAUGUACAUUUUUAUCCGCAUUUUAAUCCAUUGAGACGAUCCAUCCAUGAAUCAUAAAGAAUUUUUAAAUAGAUACCGUUCUUCCUUUGACGACUACAUAAAAUAAAAUUUAAGAAUUACUUAAAAUUCCUCUGAAACGUUUCAUUUUAGUGUGUCGAUAUUUAAUAUAGAUGAAAUCUACUAAACGAACACACGCCCCAAAGUUCGAUAUUAAUAUAAAACAUCCUAAAGUGAUUCAAAUUACAAAUUCUUCGCUACAAAUGAUUCUCUCGACAACGAUUGCCUCAUUUCUCCUUUGAAAAUGAAGAAACACGAAGUUAUUUGUUAACGAUUCUUGCAUCUCUCUUCAAGGUAACACGUUGAUCGCCACAUCAUCCAUAUGUAGGUAACACAACUUUUUGUAGAGAUUUGAAAAUUAGUUUCCUCGAGGAUAUACGAAAGAAAUAAAAUUUUAUUGAACCCAUGAGACGCAAGAUGCUUAAUCUCCAUGAAAAACAUUGACUUUUCAGUUUUUGUUUCCUUAAGAAGGUUGCUUGGAUUGCAUGAAAAAUUUGAUGAGUACCGAUUAUGCGGUCAACCUGUUAAACAGUUAUUUUUGUUUGUUACAUUAUUUUUCGUUGCAUCGAGCAAUUAAUAGCGACCGGAUCGUCGCGGAACUUGAAGACACCAGUUUGCGCCUGGUCUACCUUUCGUUUUUUCUAUCGUCUGGUUAUUUCGCGGAGCGAAAUUACAGCCACACGACUCGGGUCGCGAGUCAGGAUACUAAUUCGAGGAAUUAAUGGGAUCUGCGUCCGAUACUUAGGACGUUCGAUCGUGUGUGCACGAACGGUGCGAGUGUCUCUGUUUUAUUCAGAAAUGACGAGGAACGCGAGACCCUAUGGUUCUCGGAGCAUGCAUUCAGCUUGGUGUUCGCUUGGGCACGCGUCGCGCGUUCUACAAACAAACUCAAGAAGAUUCUACUCUUUAUAGAAUUAAAAUCCCUCGCUUGCUACUUUCAUUUAACACGUUCACCGCUACGGUGGUCACCCAUGACUGGAGCUUCCAAAUUGCUUAAAAACAAAUAAGAAGGAAAUGUCAAAUGAAAAUAUUUCGAAACAGAAGUAACAGUGUAACUUAAAAAUUAUGAUACCAACUUAUUAAUAAUUAAUCCUAACACCAUUUGCCUUUGUUAUGAAGGAGUAACUAAUAUUAUAUAAACCGCUGAAAAUUCUCGUGGCGGUCAACGUGUUAAUAAUCUAAUCGGUGGAUAGAUAUUUUCCACGAAGAACUGUCAAGAAAUAUUCUAUCACGGAUUGAAUAUUUUUAAAAGUUUUCUUUUUUUCUAUAGGUUGUUAAUUCGUGAAUAGAUAGUGGAAAACUAUCAUGUAAAAUUAUACUUUUUACGAAUCAUUAUCACUGAUGAAUCUUAAUUAGAAGUUCGCUUCAUUCAUCGAAGAUUCUAUGGAUCACGUAAACGAGACUCUAAAGAUGUUGCUCCGUUAUAACUCGCACAACCGAAUGCAUGACAUUAUAAAUAAAAAUCAUUCACAGUGCAACGAUAAUAGGACGAUCGCGAUUUCUCUCGUGAGCGACGCGUGCCCCAGCGGGUGACUAGCAUUUAAUAAAAAAAGCAAACAGUACGUGGUCGGUACAUUUUCGUACCGAUGCGAUACGAACGGUGAUAUCGUUUUAGUACUUAUGGCACAAAAUGAUCUGUAUACGGUAGUUGUAUAAAUUGUCGGCUGAGUUUCAGUCCUCUUUCUUCCGUUUCCUAGGGGUGUGUAUACAAACGAGGUGGUCUGCGUUUGUGUCUUUUUGUUUUGCGUUGAGCAGCGGCGUAAAUUUUGCGCGAGAGAUUCUCGAUUACUGUCGGUGCGAUCGCCUGUAUUAGUGAAUGUUAUCGUUAGAACACCUGAAAAGAAAAGAGGAAUUCAUUUUUUCGGGACUGAAGUUACCUGCUUUUUUUUUCUUUAGCCUUCCCGCGGGAGCGUCUAGCUAAUUGCAAAAAUUACGCCACUGUCAUAUCGAACGACAUAUGAAGCAUAUAUUAUUGUUUUCUCGUGUCGGAUUACGCGUUCGAUCGUUCGCGACGGCCGAGCUCGUUCUUCCGGCUCGACUUAAGAAUGUUUUAAUUCCCGUUACAUUGUCUCAUGUGUACAUAAAAUAAUUAUUAUACUUCUUAUUAUAAAUAAAUGCCGACACCGGCGGUUUCGGAUACACGCAGCACAGUCUCUUUCUUUCACCGUGUCAACGAACCCUUCCUUCCUUCCGAAUGUCCGUGUUAUUCGUUUCUAACAAUUAAUUGAAACUGGUCGUCGUACCUACCAUCAUUCCAAGAUAAUU